AUGACGAAUAUGACAGAAAAGUUGCGAGCGCUUAGUCCUUUCAAAAUUCAAGGGCUAUCCUUCGACCCUCAAAGAUUGUUAAUCGGAGACGAGACCACUACAGAUUCAUCCGCAUUCAAUAGUGAACAAAAUCCACCACAGCAAGUGAUAACACCUUCAGACAGUGUACUUCUACCGCAAGCGAAUACUACAGCCGAUGAAGUGCAGUUGAGUGAGCAACCGAGUGAUACCACAGCUGCUCUUCAAGCGGUGCAGUCGGCAAACAGACCGCAAGAGUCUACUAGUGAAAAGCCCAAGACAGAAACGAGUUCAAUGAGCCAUAUAAGUCAACAGCUUUAUGUUUUUCGUCGAAUUAUGUUUUUCGUCUUCCUCCUGUUUUACAUCAUUGCACUUCCGGUCUGUCUUCUCUAA